CGACAUUUGUAAUAAUCGUAAUCAAAAACAGAGAUAACAACAAGAUAACUUUUCCUUAAACAGAGAGAGAACAUACAUAAACUGAAACUCUAUUAAAUCAGCUGAACUGGGUCCAUCUCAAUCCUCGGACACGCGCUGCUUUCCCAUUAGAUCGAAACGAAAAAGCUGUGAACUUGGUGGUGGGUUCGAGAAGUCUAAUCUUGGCCAUAAACAAAAAUUUCCCCUUUAAAUCUUUUAAUUUUGUUUCCUUUUAGACGUUGACAAGAGGAUUAAUAUUGUACCACUACGAGUCAAUUUUACCAGAUUUUGAGGAUUUGUGGAUUUCAUUUCUUCUUUUGGUCUCUUCUUUUGGGGAUUUUUUCAUUGGAAUUGAGCAUAUACAUGUGAUUUCAGAUUUGAUUUUGAGUGAGAAUUAACGUUGGGUUGUAAACUCUUGUUGAUUCUCUUCCUCUGGUCAUGGAGGAGCCUUGUGAGACACUUGACAAUGGUGAAGCCUAUCAAAUAUCUAGAUAUCAUAACUUCAACCAGCACAGCACAAGAAGCUCAUCACCCUGGUUGGAUUUAAGAGUGUUCUAUGUCCGGAUAAGCAAUUUCAUGGUGGAAGAUUCAACCCCUGAAGUCCUCACCAUCAAUCACAUUCCUUUGGAUCCAGAUACGGUUCUGGAGAUUAAUGGUGUUAGAAUGGGAAUGUACUCGGAUGGAGGUUCUUCACAGCUCAGGAGAGAUCGAGUAGACAAGAAAUCUGAAGAGGCUACUUAUGUUAGCACAAACAAUAUCAGGUUAACGGGUAGCAUACAGUUUGAGGUAUAUGACAAGAAUGAGCUAGUCUUGUCUGGAACACUUGAGAUGUCAGAUUGUAAUGGAUUCACUGGGGAAUCAAAGAAUCGAUGGAAGAUGAAUUGUGAGGCUAAGAUCACUGCAGGGUCUGGUUUCCUUAAGGAAAAGAGCAUAAACGGUCAAGAGUUAUCGUCUCAAUUGCCAACUAUCGAAGUCUAUGUUACUGGUUGCUUCUCAGGAACACCCAUCAUCUUAACCAAGACUCUGCAACUUGGCUUCAGAAAGAAGCAGAGUAGAAGAAUGGCAUUGGAUUCAAUUCCUGAGUAUGAAUCUGCAGAGCCUCAGAAAGACACCACCUCCUCUGCACUUGAUCUUCAGGCAACAGAGUACUCAAACUACAAAGAGGAAUACGAGGGGGACAUGUAUUGGAGAAGUGAGGGCAUAGAUGGAGAGAUGUCAUGGUUUAAUGCAGGUGUAAGGGUUGGCGUUGGGAUUGGACUAGGUGUCUGUGUUGGUCUUGGGAUUGGUGUCGGUCUUCUAGUUCGUACUUAUCAAUCAACUACCAGAAACUUCAGGAGGAGGCUUCUCUAGUUUAGUAAAAUAUACAUUUGCACCUUUUUUUUACCUUGAAAUUUUGAAAGAAUUCUCUUUUAUUUACCUUAUGUAUUUGGGUGUGAUGUGAAACAAACACUCUGGGUGUGGAUAUGUUGGUAUGUGUUUUGCUGUAAAUAAAGAGUGAGAGUGUAGUUUUUUCUUUUUUUGUAUUCAGAAUUUGCAAACUAGCUCUGUAACUAGACGGGUCUAAAAUUUCUGCUUCACUGAAUUUUUUGGCUUCAGCGCCUUUUCAACAUAUUUGACUUA